AUGGCUCCUCUGGCUGGUGAGACGGCCAUUUCGGCCAAGCGUGCCGAGCUUGCUGGUAAAGCUGGUAUCUAUGGUUUGAUCAGUAAUAAGAAGACUUUCGCCAUCGGCCUGUUCGCGUCGCUGGGUGGGUUGGUGUAUGGUUAUAACCAGGGAAUGUUCGCCCAGGUCUUGACUAUGCACUCUUUCGUCGUUGCUACGAACGGAUACGCCGAGAAUACCGGUAUCAAGCAGGGCAUGUUGACCUCCAUUCUCGAGCUCGGUGCUUGGGUCGGAACCCUCAUCAAUGGUUAUCUCGCCGAUCGCCUCGGUCGUCGUCUUACAGUUCUGGUCGCUGUGGUGGUGUUCUGUAUUGGUGUCAUUGUGCAGGCCUGCACAACUAACAAGGAUUUUGUCUUUGGAGGACGAUUCGUCACUGGUCUUGGUGUGGGUAGUUUGUCCAUGAUUGUGCCCCUGUAUAAUGCAGAGCUGGCGCCGCCUGAGAUUCGUGGUUCGCUGGUUGCUGUACAGCAGUUGGCCAUUACCUUUGGUAUCAUGAUUUCAUUCUGGAUUGGAUACGGAACAAACUAUAUCGGCGGGACAGGAGUCACUCAGUCAAACGCGGCUUGGCUGGUCCCUAUCUGCAUCCAGAUCUUGCCUGCUGUUGUUCUCGCAGCCGGUAUGAUGAUGUUCAUGCCGCAGUCGCCUCGCCAUCUCAUGAAUACUGGCCGCGACGAGGAGUGCUUACAGGUACUUGCCCGUCUACGUGGUACUUCGACUGAUGACCUCCUGGUUCGCAUCGAGUUCCUCGAGAUCAAGAGUCUGCACAUGUUCGAAGUCGAGACUGCUGCCGAGAAGUACCCGCACCUCCAGGAUGGCUCGUUCAAGAGCAAUUUCAAGAUCGGAUGUCUUGAUUACCUGUCGCUUAUUACCAACAAGUCGUUGUUCAAGCGUACCAGCGUUGCUUGCAUGAUCAUGGUCUUCCAACAAUGGAACGGCAUCAACGCAAUCAACUACUACGCCCCCUUCAUCUUCAAAAACAUGGACCUCCCCGGAAACACAACUACCCUCCUCGCGACCGGAGUCGUCGGUAUCGUCGAGUUCCUCUUCACCAUCCCCGCCGUACUCUGGGUCGAUCAGAUCGGUCGUAAGAAGAUUUUGAUCGCCGGUGCUGUAGGCAUGGCUACCUGCCACUUCAUCGUCGCGGGUAUCAUCGGAUCCUACCAGGGUACAUUCGAUGAACACCGCGCAGCCGGUUGGGUCGCUAUUGUGUUCGUGUGGAUCUUCGUGAUUAACUUUGCCUACUCCUGGGGCCCUGUCGCAUGGAUCGUCACCUCCGAGGUCUUCCCUCUCAGCAUGCGUGCCAAGGGAGUCAGUAUCGGUGGUAGCAGUAACUGGUUGAACAACUUCGCGGUCGGAACUUCUACAUCCCCGUUCAUCUCAAAGUCCGCCUACGGAACGUUCAUCUUCUUCGGUUGUGUCACUGUCGUCGGCAUCGCGUAUGUCUACUUCAUGGUUCCCGAGACCAUGGGCCGUACCCUGGAGGAAAUGGACGAGUUGUUCGGAUCGUCCGGUCUGGCUGCAGCGGACGCCGAGCGCAAGCACCGCAUCGAGAGCCAGAUUGGCCUUUUGGAACUGGUCGGUGUGGAGGGCCCGAAUGAGAAGAAGCUCGACACCGCGCACACUGAGGAGUUUGUGGAGACAAAGAUGCAGUGA